AUUUCAAUCAAUUUUGUUUGAUGAUAUGAUGUGAUUCAUUCAUCCAAACGAAACUAAAAACUAAUUUCAAAUUACUAACUUUCAUUCAAACAAGUUUUAAAUAUGUGUAAUAAAUUAAUGACACCUGAUUAUUGCAAAUGAAUCGCUUCAGUUUUAGAUUUAUUUGAGGAAUUUGUAAUAUUCAAAUUUCCAUUGGUUCAUGCGCUUAUGUAUAGGUAAUGAUUACUCAUUAAAAAAAUAUAACAAAAUUGACGACGUCUACAAAAUUACCAGACUACCGGCACAAUAUGGAUCCAAACAGAACGAAAAAUGCUUCAGAGGGUAUUGCGCCCAUUGGAAUAACCUCUCUAAGUGACAUGGACUUGUUAAACCAGCCCGAGUCUCGGUAUGAAUGUCCAAUGUGUCUCAAUUGGCUCAGAGACCCUGUCAUCACCACUUGUGGCCACAAAUUCUGCAAGAGCUGUAUCACUCCGUGGAUUCAGAACAGUGGGCACUGUCCUAUAGACAACAACAACCUGAGCAUGAAGAUCGACAUCUUUCCGGACAACUGCACGAAACGGGAGAUCCAAGAACAGCGGCUGGUCUGUCCAUAUGCUAACAAAGGAUGUACAGCUAAAGUGAUGCCCCUAGACCUCGAUGCUCACAUAGAAUCGUGCCCGUACAAUGCUCCACAAACCUCGUCCCGGACUGAAGCACGGGUACCGUGUUCUUUCCACGCCAUCGGCUGCAAGGAGACAUUUGACACCCAGCAAGAUAUGCAUGACCAUUUGAAUUUGGACACUCAAAAACAUUUAAGUUUACUAAUGAACGCGUAUUCGGAACUGAAAAUGAACAACGACAUGGUAAAUGCGAACAUAGACGCCAAGGAACAAGAGGCCAUGACCCUGUGGGAGGCGCCCGGCAAGGGAGACUCGCAGGCCUGCGCCGCGCCGCUCAACAACACCAGCGCUCUCAUCAGGUCUGUGUUUGAGCGCGUGGUGAUACUGGAGCAAAGGAACCGGGAGCAGGACAUCGUCAUCGCGAACCUUACGAAGCAGGUGGCAACACUAUCGGCUCAAUUGAAACACAACACCGUGCGGUACUGCAUGGGGAAUUACAUCUGGAAGAUUGACAACUUUGGAGCGAGACUCGAUCAGAUGCUCAAAAAUCACAACAACAUGCUCUACAGCCCGGCGUUCUAUACCUCGCCUAAUGGUUACCGAUUCUGCGUCCGCCUCAACAUAUCAGCUCAGAACCCUCUCUGCUUCGCUCUCCACGUGCACAUGAUGAGAUCCGACUUCGACGACUGCCUCGACUGGCCGUUCAACGGGCGGAUAUCAUUCACCAUGGUGAACCAGUACGACCCCGACAAGACUCAGAAGGACACCAUGAUGUCCAACUCCACGCUGAAGGCGUUCCAGAAGCCGACAGCUGAUCUGUCGUCACGUGGGUUCGGUUUUACGGAAUACGCGGCUGUCAAAGAUGUGCUGGCGAAUGGGUUCGUGAAAGAUGAUGUGCUGGUUAUAAGGGUGCAGAUCAGGUGUGUAUGACAGGAGGAGUGUGUGGUCAAAGCUCCGAGGCUACCGUGAGGUUUGAUGGAUAUAAUGGUCCUUGGCAAGCUAGCUGGUUCUUUUGGGCGAUGGGAUAGAAAUUUUAGAAUCCCCUCUGAAUCUCAAUUCCAUUAUUGAGUCAUCCAACUGAAUGUGGCCUCUUGAACUCUUUUUGAGACUGUUGGCUCUGUCUACCCCAUAAGGGAUAGAAACUUGAGUUGUGUGUGUGUUUUUUACAAGUUUUUAUGGUGGUAAUGCCGUAUGGUUUUAUAAAAAAAUUUCAGCUAAACGUGACCUUUUCAGUCUGGUAACUUUCUACAAAAGGUCUGUCUACACUGUAAGACAGGAUUUUUUGUUUACGAAGGAAUCCGUAGCAUUUAUAGGUAUAAACCUUCCUUUGAAAACCCUCUUCCCAACAUUUCAAACAGGAACAAAAUCCGUCCACAACUUUCCGAGAUUAGGGCAUACAUGCAGACAGAGAAAAUAGGGAGACUUUAUUAUAUGUAGUGAUAAACUGAUAAUGAUAAUAAGUGUAACUUAGUCCGUCCAUUUAACAAAGAUUAUUAUCAUAAAUAUAUAUAUAUACAUAGGUAGUCUUACACUUGUGGUCCACAAGGAUAUUUUUUAUUUGUAAAUAUAUGUAUUAAUUUUAAGUGAUUUAAGUCUUAAAUUUCUUAUAGGCGAUGGGCUAGCAACCUGUCACUAUUUGAAUCUCAAUUCAUUAAGUCUAAUAGCUGAACAUGGAGUAUCAGUUUUUUUGCACUGACUGCAUUAAAUUUAAAUUUAAGAAAUGAAUAAUAACAAAUUUUAGAUAGAAUACAAUAAUGAGACUAAACAUUC